AAUUUUUAAGAUAAGUAUUAAUGCUUUUUAUCAUCUAUAAUUGGUUUGUAUGCUAAUUUGUUCUUCUAGCCUUCUGCUAUGUUUUAUUAAAAUGGGGUAAAAGUCAUUUUUAAGCAUUAUUUUUUAACAUUCUACAUCUACCUAUUUAUUUACUUUCAUGGUUCUACGUAGUGUGUUAGCUUCCUUUAAACUUAAAUAAAUUUCAGUUCACUAAAAAAAUUGGAGGACUUGCAAAUAUUAGUAAUUCUCUCCCCCAUUGGGUUCUGCCAGUGCCAUUUCAGUUAAUAUUUGAGAUGUACACUAUUAGUACAUGGGUGCAAAAAGUAGUAUUAAUGUCUGAUUUAUUUCAAAUUUUCAUUGACUUCUUGAAAAGUGAUAAAAAGUGUAAAGAAUUCUGAGACCAUUCUCAAGUCUUGCUGAUAAAAUCUGUCUUUGUUAGCAGAUUGUCAUUUUUGGAAGGGUUUUGCCCAUAUUUAUUUAAACAAAAUUGAUUUAGUCCAUUUGUUGAAGUUUUUUAGCAUUUUUAAAAAUGUUUUUUUCUUUGUGUAUAAUGGGGAAAUCAUGAAGCAUGAUGUGUAAAUACAGUUUGUGAUAUGCUUGUUAGACCUUUUAUAAAUGGGAAUAUGAAGUUUUUAUAGUAUUUGCUUUACUCUGAGUAAAGCAUGUGGUAUAACAUUUUUCUACUCCUAUUAAUAAAUCCUAUAUAUAUGUUCCUGUAGUCUUAGAAAUACUUUAUUACACAGUUGCAUGUUGUGCUGCCUCUUCUUUCCUGUUUCCCGUUUGAAGUGUUAUAUACUCACAGCAACCAGUUGGGACCUUUAGUGUGCUUUUUCCUCUUCUUUUUUUUUGAAAAGGAAACUUUGCUAUUUCAUUCUUUGACCCACAGCCUUUUUUAUUUUUUAGGCUUAUUCUAAGUAGGAUGGGUCAGAUUUUUUUGACGGCCUUGUUUUUAGAGUUUACCUAAAUAGUCUUACAUUGUAUUCAUUCUAAAUUGAAUUUGUUUUGUGCCUAGAUAACAUUUCAUUAUGUUAAUGGAUGCAUUAAAAAGAAAAACAUGCCUGUAACCUGAUUAUGUCCUUAUGGAAGUAGACUUAUAAAAAUGUCUCAUAUUUUUUUAACCUAAUAGCAUAUGUUAUUACUAUAUCACUUUGUAAACUAGAAUAUAAUUAGGUUCCUGUUCUUCAUAAUUAUACAAAUACAUUUUAUAGUAUAUUCUCAUCCCCAGUACAGAAAACUCUGUACUAGUUGUAGUAUAGAUAGAUAACUAGUUGUUGAUGUUGAAUUAAGAAAAAAAAAAAAACUUAGUUUUGUUUUCUUGAAAACUUAAGCUUCAUGAGAAUGACAGAGAACCAUAAAACCUGCUCUAAGAGCCUAAUGAAGCUAGCUUAAAGAUAUUAGUUAAAGGAAUAUAUUAUGGUAAGUUUUAAAAAAUUACUUAUCUAUAAAGUAACUCAGAAAAUAGAAUUGGGUUUUAAAUUAUUCUCAAAAACUACAAAUUUGAUAUAACACCUAAAACAAAACAUUUAAAUCUCAUUUUUCUUGUUAAUGUUUAAAAUGUGUCAUCCCUAAAUUUGAGUACAAACCAUCCAUAUAUGUUCAACUUCAUUUUGUCUGACUAACCUAGUCUUGCUCCAUUUAAAAAAAAAAAAUGUUUUUCCACGUUUGGUGUCUUUCUUCACUCUUACAACUUUCAGCUAACAAGAACAUUUUCCCUUCAUUCUUCUUUGUUGCAUAGUGACUGUUUAUAGAUUAUUUAAUUUACAUACAUUCCUAGGUGAAAACUGCUAUGGCAGUUCAAAAUUAUUUUUCCUUUUCUGUAUGUUUUGAUUCUUUUGCGGGGAGGGGUAGAUAAAUUUUAUUCUGUAAACUCCUUUUUCUCCCUGCUAGAGAUGAGAGAGUUGAUAUUAUACUACUUUGCUACAAAAUUGGCUAUUGUCAUUUUACAGGGACCUUUCACUUCUGUGAUUUCUCCUUCCCUCCCCACCAGGAAAGAAUGACAUACUUAAGUCACACUGCCUCCAAGACAUCUGAUGCUUUGACACUCUUCCUUAGCACAACUCUGCCAAACCCAAAUCCCUUUUGUAAAACCCUUAUGUUGAUGAUCCACAUGGGGCAGCAGGGAUUACAGGUGCCAUGAAUAAAAAAUAGGAGGGGGGGGAAGGAAUUUGAGGCCUGUUAGAGAGGGGUGGAGUUCAGGUGAACUGAUCCUAGAUAAGCAGUGAUUAUGAAUGUAAUUGGGGAAAAUAGGGAAACUGUAGCAAGGGCCUUCCUGCUGUGAAGAAUACCAGGCAGAAGGGGAGGGUAAACUGUUUUCAGUGUCUUAAAAAGCUAGUUAAAAAUUGUUUUUCUGUUGGGAACUAGUGUGAAGCAUCCUGAUUCCUCCCAGAGUUCUCAGAUCUUUUCUAAGUAUUACCUCUAAUUGCAUUUUAUAAUUAAAAAAAAAUACAAUGGCAUUUCCUGUAUCUACAUCCUUAUGAUGCUUCUAGGUUGUUUAUUUUGUUGGUGCUUAGUAGCAUGAUAAAAAACUGAGCAGUUUAUGCUCUUGAGUUUGGGGGGUGGGGGCUUGUUUUGUUCUGUUUUGUUUUGAUGGAAGUAUUAAGGCCAACUUAAAUGUGAUGACUGAGGAUUAAGUCUGGCAGGCAACUCUUUGUAUUUUGUAUUAGACUUCAAAAAUCUUUUCUUCUUCUUCUUCUUCUUUUUUUUUUUUUUUAAAUCCAGGAGAAUGCUUUAUUUCAACUUUUAGCUGACUAGAUGCUUAACUUAGUAACAAGUUUAGCCCUUGUAACUGGCUAGCUAAAAGCAAAUCGGCUUGUUUCUCAGAUCUUUGGGGGAUAGCAAGAAACAUUUGAGUGAAUGUUGUUGAAGAUUUUCAGUAGUAUAGAAAAUGAUGGCGCUCUUGUGAUAUUUGUAAGUACAAGCAAGGAUUUGGCACAGACAUCCUAUUUCAUGGCUACCAACAGUCUACAUCUUACGACCUUCUGUCUUCAGUACAAACCAACAGUGAUAGCAUGUGUAUGCAUUCAUUUGGCUUGCAAAUGGUCCAAUUGGGAGAUUCCUGUGUCAACUGAUGGAAAGCAUUGGUGGGAAUAUGUGGAUCCUACAGUUACUCUAGAAUUACUAGAUGAGCUAACACAUGAGUUUCUACAAAUAUUGGAGAAAACACCUAGUAGGUUGAAGAGGAUUCGAAACUGGAGGGCUAAUCAGGCGGCUAAGAAACCAAAAGUAGAUGGACAAGUUUCAGAGACACCACUUCUUGGCUCAUCUUUGGUCCAGAAUUCAAUACUAGUAGAUAGUGUCACAGGUGUGCCUACAAACCCAAGUUUUCAGAAACCAUCUACAUCAGCAUUCCCUACACCGGUACCUCUAAAUUCAGGAAAUUUAUCUGUUCAGGACAGCCAUACAUCUGAUAAUCUGUCAGUGCUAGCAUCAGGAAUGCCCAGUACCUCAUAUGGUUUGUCAUCACACCAAGAAUGGCCUCAGCAUCAAGAAUCAACAAGGACAGAACCGAUUUAUUCACAGAAACAGGAGACAUCUUUGUCUGGUAGCCAAUACAACAUCAACUUCCAGCAGGGACCUUCAAUAUCACUGCAUUCAGGAUUACAUCAUAGAACUGACAAAAUUUCUGAUCAUUCUUCUGUUAAGCAAGAAUAUGUUCAUAAAGCAGGGAGCAGUAAACACCAUGGGCCUAUUUCUGCUACUCCUGGAGUAAUUCCUCAGAAAAUGUCUUUAGAUAAAUAUAGAGAAAAACGCAAGCUAGAAACUCUAGAUCUUGAUGUAAGGGAUCAUUAUAUAGCUGCCCAGGUAGAGCAGCAACACAAACACAUGCAGUCACAGGCAGCCAGCAGCAGUUCUGUAACUUCUCCUAUUAAAAUGAAAAUUCCCAUCACAAAUACUGAAAAACCUGAAAAAUUCAUAGGAGAGAAAAAGGAAAAAAGUGGAUCACUAAAAUUACGGAUUCCAAUACCACCCACUGAUAAAGGCACCAGUAAGGAAGAACUGAAGAUGAAGAUAAAAGUUUCAUCCUCAGAAAGACACAGCUCUUCUGAUGAAGGCAGUGGGAAGAGCAAACAUUCAAGCCCUCAUAUUAGCAGAGACCAUAAGGAAAAGCACAAGGAGCAUCCUGCAAACCGUCACCAUGCAAGCAGUCACAAGCAUUCCCACUUACAUAGUGGCAGCAGCAGUGGCAGUAAAUACAGUGCUGAUGGAAUACCACCCACUGUUUUGAGGAGUCCUGUUGGCCUGAGCAGUGAUGGCAUUUCCUCUAGUUCCAGUUCUUCAAGGAAGAAGCUGCAUAUCAAUGAUGCCUCUCACAACCAUCACUCCAAAAUGAGCAAAAGUUCCAAAAGUUCAGGUAGUUCAUCUAGUUCUUCCUCCUCUGUUAAGCAGUAUAUAUCCUCUCACAACUCUGUUUUUAACCAUCCCUUACCCCCUCCUCCCCCUGUCACAUACCAGGUGGGCUACGGACAUCUCAGCACCCUCGUGAAACUGGACAAGAAGCCAGUGGAGACCAACGGUCCUGAUGCCAAUCACGAGUACAGUACAAACAGCCAGCAUAUGGACUACAAAGACACAUUCGACAUGCUGGACUCGCUGUUAAGUGCCCAAGGAAUGAACAUGUAAUCAUUUGUUUAGGUCAAUUUUUCCUUUACUUUUUUAAUUUAAAAAUGGUUAAAGUGGAAAACUUCCUCCUGAUCUAGCAGUGGUAACACCUGCUGUUGCUGCCACUGCUUCAAAAUUUGUAAGUGCUGCUUUAUUCUUCAUUCUGAAAAGAAGAGAUUAUAGUAAACAAGUCUUUAUCUCCACAUAUGAUAGUGUUUAUAAAUACUGUAAAAGCAUGGAAGGUGCAAAACUCAGUAUUUCUACAAUUGCAGCUAAGAACAUUAAGAUGAAUGGCUGGCUGCUUCUAGGAAUAUAAGAUGCCUCAAGCAUCCAUUAUUUAUAAUUUGAAUACUGUAGCUAUUUUUUUGUUGCUUGGCUUUUGAAUGAGUGUAAAUUGUUUUCUUUUGUGUAUUUAUACUGUAUGUAUGAUUUGCAUGUUUCAAUGAUAAAGGGAUAAAACAGUAUGCUGACAACUGUUUACAAGAAAGUGGAGAAAAAUGUACAUACAUUUUUGUAUGUUUAGAUAUUACCAUAAAUACUCAGGAUUGGAGCUGCUUAUAAGUAUAACAAUAUACAGAAUAACUUUAUUUUCUCUUGUCAGAGUCCAUCACUAACCUAAAACAAAGGUGGCACUUUUUCAUGUUAACCUUAAACUCUAGGCCUUACUGGAAGCCAUUAGAGGGGGACACUUCACUACCGGAUGGGUAUGCAGUGCCACAGAUGGUCUAUACUGUGAGGCACUCAAUUUUUGCCUUCAGAGGUUUUGACCAGAUUGGCUGCUGAAAUAACCCCUAAUUUUCUGAAGGCUUGAAGAGGAAAAAAUAAAGUUUACAUACUCUUGAUGUGAAGUGCAUUUAAGUGUUUGUUGGCUUGUUGCAGUACUACAAAACAGCUAUUAAUAAUGGAUAUGUGGAUUACUGUGAUUUGAAAACUAAAUUCACAAAAACUUACAUAGUGAAGAAUUAGUAAGUUUUUCCUUAAAGAACUUUUAACACUACAUAUUUUAACAGUAAACAAGGAUCACUUUACCUUUAGCAUUCAGAAUUACACCGUAUUGUUAAAUAUACUCCUCCCCUGAAGUGUGUCUGUGUGUGAUGCCAUAUUUUUUUCAGGUAAAUGCAGUCUUCCUUAUAAAAAUGAAAUGAAACCUAUGCUCUCUUAAUUGUUUUAUAUUCUAACAAUAAAAAGAUCACUGACUGUGCAUUGUACCUGUACUUACAGCUUAUGAUUGUUAUCAGAAAGUUCUAUAAGAAAAAAAAAAAACUUCAGUCUCCAGUCAAACCACUCUAGUGGAGGUUUUAUAUUUGUUUGCACAUCUCAGUAUAUUCCUGUUGAGGUAAAGUUUGCACAGUCAUCUGACUCCUGAUUGAAUAAUAGACUUUAACAUGGUUAAAUUUUGUCUUAGAACACCAGUAGUAUGGCUCUUGUUUAUUGGCUAAUCUUGAAUUUAUUCUGUGGUAUACCUUCGAGCUGUUUAGUAUCUUUGAGAUGGGUUGGAUUCAACUUCUGUUGAACGGAAAACUGUCUUAAUUUUUCCUCUGUGUAUAUGAACUAUUUUUGUUACAAAGCCACUGAUAUGUGCACAAUUGUAAUUUUACUCAAAAAUCUUGUGGUUGUAAAUAUUAAGAGUUUAAUCUUGUGCUCUACUUUUAUUUAGCAGUUACCUUAUUUGCCAGUAGCUUAUAAUUUUUUUAAGAUAAUUGUUAAUUAUUUUUGUCAAUGUUAUUUGAACUUGGGAAACUAGCAGCCUCUUUGUAGGGACUUUGCCUAGCUAGCAUGUCCACAUUUGUUAUUGUCUUGCAUAACAUUAGUAAUCUUUGUCAUUAUAUGUAACUUUGUUGCUCUGUAUGGCAUAAUAUUGUAUCCAUAAACAUGGUAAUUUUGAUACAGUUAUACUUUUACAGUGGUACAUAAUCCAAGGACUAGUAUAGAAUUAAGCUGAAUGCAAGAUGAGGGAGGGAAGGGUUUUUGUUCUUGGUAAUUUUAGAUGUGAAACCUCUACAGAGCUAUCAUGUGAAAUGACAUAGGGUGGUUGUGCUACUGUAUAAUUGGGGAUAAAACCAGGAAUUUUAAUAAGAUUUUGUAAAGAGUAUCCAGAAAAGUAGCGAAUUUAUUUUCAGUAUAGCAUAGGAAACAAUGUGAAUAUUUAAGGUCUGUGACUGUAGUUAAACUUCACUAAGAAUUUGCAGAAUUGUUUUGAGAUGUGGGAAUAAAGGUAAUUUUGUUGAAUCUUUAUUGGUGCUAACGAUGGACAGUUAAAAAGAUAGCUAGUGUAUAUUGUUAUGGGUCAGUACUUAUUAGUACUUCCAAAAUUGAAUUUGAAAUGCUAUGUAUUUACUUUUCACUCUGUAAAUGUAAUUCUUUACAAUGACUUUAUUUAUUAAAGGGCAGCCGGUUGUGAUUUUUACAGGAUCGUGUGAGCUAUUGAAACUCUUUAACCUCUGAACAGGAUAUUAAGCUUCCAGAACCACAAUGGGGAUAAAUGUGGAAAUCUUUUAAAGUUUAUUUCCAUUAAACAAAAAUCUUAUAAUUCAUAUUAUCGUGAAUUUGCUUUAACCAAAUUGUUUGCAUAAAAUAGUUCAUCUGCCUGGUCCCAUUAGGCUCUACCAAAGAAAAAGACUCAGACAAAUGGACAUUAAUACCAUGAGUCUUCUUGUAAGUAGCCAUAAAUAAACCAAAAUAGUAUCAGAUUUAGGUAUGAAUUCCACAUGUGCAAAGUACUGUUAAGGUGAUACGUUUUUUAUGACAUUUUAAAAAAUAUUUGAAAUAUUAAAAAGCAUUAUCUUCAAACAUCUUAUAAAAGAGUGAUUCAUUUUUAAGUUGUGUUUUCCCCAGAUCACAGAUUUGUUACCUUUAUACAAAAGCACAUUACAAACAAAAGCUUUACUUCUACCUCUGAUCCAGUUUUCCAGUAUUGUUCUGUGCCCCCUUGAAUAUUUGCCUUAGCUACUUUAUGGUGUUUUCAGAACCAAAGCAAAGGAGUGUUUGUUCAUAUUCAGGAGUGUCUGACAUUCUCUUUAGGUAGGUCAAUAACAUCUCAGAGGCCUACAUUAUAAAAUCACUGGUAAUACUCAUUAGUGAUUGAGACCUUGCAGCGUCUCUGAGUUGCCUGUAUUUAAAUCCUGAAAAGUAAUGGCAUUUGUCCUAGGUUUUCUUUUUGAAAGCAGUUGCAACAUGUGUGAAUUAGUUCAGGUUAUUCACAGUUGUUGAAAGAAAAUUUCUACAGGAUGUAUGUUUUUUUGGAUGUCAUUAGGGGAUGCUUAUGGUACUUUGUACUAACAGAUUUUAAUUAUAUAGGAUACCUUAUCUUUGGGACCUGUCUAUCCUCUUUGAAUUAAAGAAGUUACUUAUUGAGGUCCACUUUAGAUGACCAGAGUAAGAUGUUUUUGUUAGUUAACAAAUACCUUGCCUUAAAAGGUUUCAAGCACAUUUUCAUUUAUAUUUGAGAAUUUAAAUUGCUGGUAUUUAUUCCUUAAUCAACUUUAGAAAUAAACCAUUGCUUAUAAGUCGUGAAUAUUAUUAUACAAUACAUAUUCUUAGAGAUUUUAGUGGUUUUCAUUUUUGGAAAUACUUUUUAUUUUUUCAAACAUGGUAACUUGUAAAGGAAGACAGUUAUGUUCAUUAGAUUUCACUGUUCCCAGUUUUAUCUAAAUGAAAAGCAAUAUUUCUCACCUAUUGUGCUUAACUUGCUAUGUGAUUUUUAGGGGUUUUUUGCUAAGCAAUUUUUGAAAAUUCUUGUUAUAAAAGAUCCUUGACUUAGUAUUAGCAGUUUCUCCCUCGGCUGACUUCCUUGGGAGGCAGUAGGAAUUCACUAACCAAAUUUACACAGAGGAAGGAUCAGCAACCCUCUGGGGCAACUUGAAGUUACAGUUUAAGUUUUAUGUGCCCAUAUAUUUAAGAGAGGCUGGUUUUUAAACACUGGGAAAACACAUUAUGCCCCUGUCCUCCUAGGCUACUGUUAUGAUAAUAGUAUGUUAAUUUUGAGAGUUUGCGGCUAUAUUUAUAUCUAAAGUUGAAGGACAAUUUGAUUGUUGUAAGUUCACAGAUGUAAGCCAAGCCAGAAGUUUGCUUGUUUUAUAAGAAGUUUGCCUGAAACAUGUAUCUUUACAAUUGAAGUAAACUUGCCAGUGCUCACUAUUUAGCUCUGAUACUAUGCUUUCAUUUUUUUUUUUUUUUAAAUCCAGUGUUGAUUUGGACCCCACCGGCUUUUGCUUCUUGACUUCUCUUUUUCUUUUCUGUAAUUUAUCCACAUUUCUGCUUGAAUUUUUUAGGUAGGUUGAUAAGAUGUAUUAAAGGUUGCAUAACUAAGAACA